AUUCUGAACUUUACAUCUAUGGAUUUAUACCGGAGUCAUUUGUGCUGGUAUGAUCAUGUGGAGAUCAGAGAUGGAUAUUGGAGGAAAGCACCACUGAAAGGUCGAUUUUGUGGGGAUAAAUUACCGGAGCCAAUCGUCUCUACAGACAGUCGCCUGUGGAUUGAGUUUCGCAGCAGCAGCAACUGGGUGGGGAAGGGCUUCUCUGCUGCUUACGAAGCUAUUUGCGGUGGGGAGGUGAAGAAAGACAAUGGUCAGAUUCAGUCUCCGAACUACCCAGAUGACUACAGACCUAAUAAAGUCUGUGUGUGGAAGAUCACUGUGGCUCAGGGUUACCAUGUAGGCCUUACCUUCCAGUCGUUUGAGGUAUGAUUAAAAAAGUUGUUAUUACUGCAUUAUAAGCAUGUAAUUAAUUGCUUAUACACUGUUAUAGUGUUAGAGUGUGUCCUAAACAAGAAAAGACAGUGUAUAUCCAGAAAUAAACAUUAAAGGGUUAGUUCACCCAAA